CACAACAACAUGGCUGUCUGUAGCCCACUGCUGCUAACGACAAUUUAUGACUGAGAUGGGUACGGAUGAAAGUCCUGCAGUGUGAGACAUGAAUUAAUUCAAAGGUAGCAGGAGCAUACGGCUGAUAUUUAAGAAACAACCAUUUUUGACAGCUUUUCAUAGUAAAUUGCCCUGAUUUUUACUGUCAGUUGUUGCCAGUAAGCUCUCUACAUGUAGGUGAGGUGUUCUGGGCUACAGGCAAGAUAACAAACAGGAGACGUUAUUGCUAUGCCCCUGUUGCUAUGCCCCAGCUCGUAGGCGAUGAUGAGCUAUAUGACAAAACGUCUGUCUGACCACUACAACAGGGACAUAGCAAUAACAUUUCCUGCAUAACUCCUAUCAUUCAGGGCCUGUUUUAGAGCAGAUAUUGCUCAGCAGUCCUCAGUCUCGCAGGUAUACUCAAUUAAGGCCGACAGCAAAUGAACAAAAUACACCUCUUUCAACCACAGAUAAGAGAUAGGCCUACAUAACAGUGACUUCAUGCAGAGGCUCUGGCUUAGGGCCCCCCUGAGCUCAUGGGCCAUAUGUACGCCUGGUCUGAGAGAUGAUGCCAGAUUAGAUGAUCAACAGUGAGGGUUUUACGAUACCAGCCCUCCCAUAAGGAUGGAGGAAACAGCAGCCAAAACAAGACUUUCAGAAGGAGGGAUGGUGAAGGAAUCCUCUUCAAGGAGCCUAUUGCAUCAGGAGAGACCUCCAUCACCUGUGCCCUCUUGUGUGUCCAUGAAGAGUGACCAGUCAAAUCAUCCCCCCCUCAACUUCCAAGGUGGAGAUGUGACCGAUGGAUCAAUGUCUGGAGGGGCGAAAAGGAGCCUAUUGCAUCAGGAGAGACCUCCAUCACCUGUGCCCUCUUGUGUGUCCAUGAAGAGUGACCAGUCAAAUCAUCCCCCCCUCAACUUCCAAAGUGGAGAUGUGACCGAUGGAUCAAUGUCUGGAGGGGCGAAAAGGAGCCUAUUGCAUCAGGAGAGACCUCCAUCACCUGUGCCCUCUUGUGUGUCCAUGAAGAGUGACCAGUCAAAUCAUCCCCCCCUCAACUUCCAAAGUGGAGAUGUGACCGAUGGAUCAAUGUCUGGAGGGGCGAAAAGAGGCCAGAUGCAGGACUCUAAACCAGAUGCUGUCCGUGAACCGUUUACCAAGUCUCAACAGGAGGACCUGAAACACAUAUUCCAGAUGUUUGAGGAGAACAUCAUUACCUCUGUGAAGAAUGAGCUGAAGAUAUUCAAGAGGAUGCUGAGUCCAGAUUACCAAGAGAACUUUGAGAGUAAAGAGGAGGAUGAGGGUGAAGCCAGAGAAGCGGCUCUGAAGAUGGACUUCCUUAGGAAAAUGGAGCUGGGAGAUCUUGCUGACAAACUGCAAGAAAAUGAGCUGGAUGUAGUUUGCAAGGCUGAGCUGAAAAGAAAUCUCAAGAACAAGUACCAGAGUGUGUUUGAAGGAAUACCCAAGCAAGGAAGCUCUGCUCUUCUAGAAAAGAUCUACACAGAGGUCUACAUCACAGAGGGAGGAAGUGGAAAAAUAAAUGAAGAGCAUGAGGUCAGACAGAUUGAGUCAAGAUCCAAGAGACCAGCUGGACAGGAGACAUCAAUCAAAUGCAGUGACAUCUUUAAACCCUUACCUGGUCAAGACAAACCAAUCAGAAGUGUUGUCACAAAAGGAGUUGCUGGGAUUGGUAAAACUGUCUCAGUUCAGAAGUUCAUCCUGGACUGGGCAGAGGGAAAAGAAAACCAGGAUAUUCACUUCAUAUUUCCACUACUGUUUAGGGAGCUGAACCUCAUGAGAGAAAAACAGCUCUCUUUGAUGGAUCUCCUCCACCACUUCUUCACAGAAAUAAAGCAGUCAACUUUUCCCAGCCAAGGGAAGUUCAAAGUGCUGUUCAUCUGUGAUGGUCUGGAUGAAUGUCGACUCCAACUAGACUUUCAGAAAAAUGAAAGCUUGACUGAUGUGAGAAAGGUCACCUCAUUGGACAUACUCCUGACAAAUAUCAUCACAGGUAAUCUGCUCCCCUCUGCUUUACUUUGGAUGACCUCUCGACCAGCAGCAGCCAAUAAAAUCCCGCCUGAGUGUGUUGACCGGGUCACAGAGGUACAAGGGUUCAAUGACCCACAGAAGGAGGAGUACUUCAGGAAGAGGAUCAGUGAUCAGAAUCUUGCCAGCAGAAUUGUCUCUCACAUCAAAUCAUCAAGGAGCCUCCACAUUAUGUGCCACAUACCAGUGUUCUGCUGGAUUGCUGCUACUGUUCUUUCGGUGAUUCUUGGCUCUUCAGGAGGUGGACAGAUUCCAAAAACUUUGACAGAGAUGUUUACCCAUUUCUUUAUUUUUCAAACCAAACAGAGCAACCUAAAGUUUGAAAAUGUGCACGACCUUGAUCCACAGUGGAACCAGGAAGUUAUCCUUGGUCUUGGAAAGUUGGCACAUAAACAGUUAAAAAAGGGUAAUCUGAUUUUCUAUGAAGAAGACCUAAAAGCGUCUGGCAUUGAUGUCAGAGAGGCAGCAGUAUGCUCUGGAAUCUGCUCCCAGAUCAUUCGAGAAGGAUCAGGGUUUUAUCAAGAAAAGGUUUUCUGCUUUGUGCAUUUAAGUGUCCAGGAGUAUCAUGCAGCUUUAUUUCUUCGUCUGAGGUUAAUAAUGAAACAAGACCCCUGCUUUCAGUGUCUGCACAAAUACAUGAUCACAUUACACAAGAAUGCCGUGGACAAAGCUUUGGAGCAUGAAGAUGGACGCUUUGACCUAUUCCUCCGUUUCCUUCUUGGCCUCUCUCUGGAGUCUAACCAGACUCUCCUGCAUGGCCUACUACAGAGAGGACAAAAUCAGAUGGGCAAUGAAGAAACAAUCAGUUACAUUAAAGAAAAGAUCAGGGAGGUUCCUUCAUCAGAAAGGGUCAUCAACCUCUUCCACUGUCUGAAUGAACUCAAUGAUCACUCCAUAGAGGAAGAGAUCCAGAGCUGGCUGAGAACUGUGAUACAUUUUGAAGCUCAACUCUCACCUGCCCAGUGGUCAGCUCUAGUGUUUGUGCUGCUGACAUCAGAACAGAAGCUGGAUGAGUUUGACUUGAAGAAGUACAUCAGAUCUGAUGAAUGUCUCCUAAGGCUGCAGCCAGUAGUGGAGGAAUCUCAGACAGCUCAGCUCAAUAGCUGUGGGCUCACUGAAAGGAGCUGUACAGCACUGGCAUGUAUCCUCAGCAAACCAUCUUCAAAACUGAAAAAUGUGGAUCUCAGUGACAACAGUAUGGGAGAUAUUGGGGUCCAAGAACUCUCUAGCGGACUGGUGAACCCCAACUGUGUACUAGUAACACUCAGCCUAUCAAACUGCAGUAUCACAGAGGAAGGCUUCAGUUCCCUUGCAUCAGCACUGAGUUCAAACCCCUCAUACAUCAGAGAGCUGCAGCUGGGUGGGAAUAAAGCAGGAGACUCAGGAGUAAAACAUCUUUCUUCUCUUCUAAAGGAUCCCAACUGUAAACUGGAGAAACUAGAGUGAGUAUCACAAGACCAAAUACUGAGUUGUUAUCAGUAAAUUAGACAGUGAUAGUGAACUUUAAUGCUUUUCACAUAUAAAGUUCACUAGUAAUUCAGCAGUAAACUUCAUAUUACUUUCC